AUGAUCGCUUCCAUUGUAUCGCUACAGCUUUUAUGGGCAUUAUUGGCGCUGGCAAACCAUCAGAUUGAUCACGCAGCCAUACAAGCCCAAGAACGCGAGUUAGCUAAGAAAUGGGGUCGUCCCAGCAGUUUUGCUGGCCUCGUUACUUUUGCUCAUUUGCCUUAUACGCAGUGCUUAAAUAGUCUGCGGCACAGAUAUGAUGUAGCGGUCAUAGGCGCGCCAUUUGAUACUGGAACCACUUACCGGAGCGGCGCGAGAUUCGGCCCUAGAGCCAUCCGACAAGCAUCAAUGCGGCAAACAGCCUAUCGAGGCUUUAAUGCACGGGCAGCUAUCAACCCAUACAGGUCGUGGGCUCGAGUCCUGGACUGCGGAGAUAUUCCUGUGACGCCGCUUGAUAAUCAAGUCGCGAUGAGACAGAUGUCAGAGGCAUACGCAGAGUUAGGAUCUCGCGUCCCUGCCUUCGAUGCUGACAAAGCGAGCCAGCAUAUCGACGAGGAGUACGCGGAAUAUCCCAAAUUGGUCACUUUGGGAGGUGAUCAUUCCGUCGCCUUGCCGGCCUUAAGAGCGCUUCAUGAGCUGUAUCAGAAGCCAAUUGCCGUGGUGCAUUUUGAUGCCCAUUGCGAUGCUAAUUACAACCAUGCUUCGGUCUUUUGGAAUGCAGCCCAAGAAGGACUACUAGCGAAUGGAUCAUGUAUUCAUGCGGGACUCAGAAGUCGCUUGACGGGGACCGGCUUUCAAGACUAUGAGAAUGACGUCCAACAGGGAUUUAUGCAGAUUGAGGUUGACGACAUAGAUCGGUGGGGCGCCGAGGGCAUUGCUGAAAAAAUCAUAGCCAGGGUAGGUACAGAGAUUCCAGUGUAUCUCAGCAUCGAUAUAGACGUCCUAGAUGUGGCUUUUGCACCAGCGACUGGGACGCCCGAGGCAGGUGGCUGGUCGACCAGGGAAUUGAUCAGGAUAUUGAGAGGAAUUGAAGGGCUGAAUGUCGUUGGUGCGGACAUCGUCGAAGUUGCGCCUGCCUACGAUAGUGUCGGGGAACCUACAUCGAUAGCGGCUGCACAGAUCGUUUACGAGGUUCUGACGAGUAUCGUGAAGAGAGGGCUGACGGCAGUCGCCAAUGCACUUGUGGACGAUGAGCAAGCUGAGGAGCAGUUUUGCAGCGGGUGCGAAAAGUAA